GCCAUCAAGAUCGACUCCAGCAUUAUCAACUCCUCGGCUGAACUGGCAGCGACCCUGCAACAGCAACAGCAGCAGCAACAACAGCACCCCCACCACACCGGCACAGUGAUUGUAACGGCCUCGCCUAACCUUCUUAACACGGCAGCAGCUGCAGCUGCGAUGACCCAACGCCAGGUGACCUUGAAUGGUGCCUCCGCCGUACCAGCAACCACGACCAUUGAGGUGCAGGGAGCAGCGGGAACUGAGGUAAAACAGGUUGUUGCAGCAACGCUUGAAGGAAAUGAACUGAAGCCGGGCGCUACCGCUCCUGCUGGUGCUACAGCUGGUGCCCCCACCCACCUCACCAUGGCCUCCACUGCCACUGGGCAGACCUUCUUAGUCCCUUUCUCUGGCCAGGUGGCCAUUGUCAACGGCAACACCGUUGUCACAUCAGCGACAACCUAG